AUGAUGAAUGUACAUGAAGACGUGCAAAAUUAUUAUGGACAACAACUUCAACAAUCAACUGAUUUAAAAACAGAUGCUUGUUGUUCAAAAGCUCAAGUUCCUUCGUUUAUCAAAGACAUUAUCAAAAAGAUUCAUCCAGAGGUUGUGGCAAAAUAUUAUGGAUGUGGUUUAGUCUUUCCACCAAAACUUGAAGGAUGUCGUGUAUUAGAUCUUGGUUCUGGAUCAGGUCGUGAUGUUUAUAUUUUAUCAAGCCUUGUUGGACCCCAAGGAUAUGUUGUUGGUGUUGAUAUGACUAAAGAACAACUUGAUGUUGCUAAUCGUUUUAUUGAUUAUCAUACAAAAAUAUUUGGUUUUGAAAAAGCAAAUGUUGAAUUUCGUUUAGGUAAAAUUGAACAACUUACUGAUGAUUCUAGAUUGCAAAUCAAUUCAUUUGAUGUUAUUGUAUCGAAUUGUGUUGUUAAUUUAAGUCCUAAUAAGAAGAAAGUUUUACAACAAAUAUAUGAAAUGUUAAAACCUGGAGGUGAAUUUUACUUCAGUGAUGUCUAUGCUGAUCGAUCAAUACCAGAAGAUUUACGACAAAAUAAAAUUCUCUGGGGUGAAUGUCUAAGUGGUGCUAUUUGUGAAAGUGAUUUGAUUUCGGAUGCACUUGAUGUUGGUUUCACACGACCAAUAUUGGUAACAAAACAACCAAUUGGUGUCAAUAAUGAAGAAUUACAAAAGUUACUUGGUGAUAUCAAAUUUACGUCAUGUACUUAUCGCUUCUUUAAGAAUAAAUCUAUUGAAGAUUCAACAAGUUUCAAUGAUAAACUUGGUACUUUGGUAACUUAUCAAAUACCAAUUGUUCAUUAUGAAAAUGAAUUUCAAUUUAAUCACUCGAUUACGUUUAAGAUUCAUGAUAAACCACAAUAUCUUAAUGCGGAAUUGACAAAAAUGUUACGUAUAUCAAGAUACAGUGAUAAUUUUAAAUUUGAUCCAAUUACUGAUGAAAAGCAAGUACUAAAUAUAUCUAAUGAUGUAUGUGAUCAGCAAAUAUUAAAUGAUCAAUCAUCAUCCAGUUGUUGUUGUCGUCCAGGAACUUGUUAA